UAUCUAGAAGUUUUUUUAAAAAAAAAACAGAAAAAGAAAAAUAGUUUGGGCAAUUUUCCAAGCGGCGCCAAAACCAGGGAAGUGAAUAUGGACUACAGCUUGGCAGCGUUGAAGCUUCUGUGCCGGCAGCUCAAAGACGCCCGCCAAAGUCCGACCAACAACGCCGCCACUCUCGGCGGCAUUCUCUUCCAACGCGCCUGGCUUCAGGGGAAUUUAGUCUCCGUCGACAAAGAAAAUGCUAAAUUGAUUCUCGACGACGGCACCGGCACCGUCGAGCUCUCUCUAUCUCGCGACUUCCGUCUCCGCCCUUGGAUCCUCGGGAUGUAUGUCAUGGUUGUCGGCGCUUUUGUCUUCCGGACGAAUGAACCACCCGUUAUUGCGGUUCACAAGAUUGUUGAUCUUUCAAAGUUUCCUGAUCGAGAGGCAAUGUGGUACCUUGAAGUCGUGGAAGCCUACAAAAUGUUCUAUGAACCUCUGAUUGAAGAAUUUUCGUAACUUAUUUUGUUGACUCAACAGGUGGUGAUUAUUUUAUUUUCAUGCUGAUCCUGUUAUAAAUAAUGCAUCAAUUUGUUGUAAUCCCACAUAAGGGUUUUUUUUCCUCUUUUAUUACAUAUUUAUAAACACUAAUUGAAAUUCUCACCUCAUAUAUUGUUAUGAUCUUUGGAUCUCGUA